GCAACUGCACCCUCUCCUGUUCAUCGUCUACAACCGCCAUGGAAGAAACCGGUUUUGUUCGUUUCACAGGGAGUUUAGACCCGAGAGCGCAGGAGUUCCGACCCAGAUACCCCACCGACCCUAAUCACAACCAAUUAGUUUCACUAUUUACACCACCUCCGCAACAACAACCACAACUGUACUUUCAUUACAACGCUGCUCCUCCUCCUCCUCCUCUUCCAGUUCCUCUACCACCGUAUCAACAACCACCGAGUAAUCUCCCGUUUUGCUUCCCGUACUCUACACCACUGGCUUGCGUUAGCAACGGAGGCACCCACUUUCUUAAUUUAAUGCCUCCGUCCACGGCGCCCACGCGGAGUCUCUUGUUGUCUUCAGUCCCGAGUGACGUCAGCGAGUCAACGGUUAGGAGGGAACUGGAGGUGUUUGGGGAGGUGAGAGGGGUCCAGAUGGAGAGAUUGCUUGAUGGAAUCGUGACCGUUCAUUUUUAUGAUCUGAGGCAUGCAAAGAGGGCGUUGAGUCAGAUUCAAGAGCAGCACCUGCACCAUCAAAACUGGCUUCGGACCUAUUACAGUAAUCUGGGACCCCCUCCACCACCGCCGGAAAUGCUCAUCUUGGGCCAUCCCGUUUGGGCCCAGUUUAUAGUCCCGGCGAGCAACGCUUUACCGGACGGGAGCAAUCAGGGGACAAUCGUGGUUUUCAAUUUGGACCCUGAAGUCACCGCUGCCGGACUGAAGAAGAUUUUUGGAGUUCAUGGUGAGGUGAAGGAAGUGCGGGAGACUCCAUUGAAGGCACGCCAAAGAUUCGUUGAGUUCUUUGACAUCAGAGACGCCGCGAAGGCUCUCAACGAAAUGAACGGAAAGGAAAUUCACGGCCAAUGUGUAGUGAUUGAAUUCAGCCGGCCCGGCGGUUUUAGUAGAAAAUUCUCCAGCGCCACUAACUGUUAUGGUCCUCAAAAUUAUACGCACUCGGUUCUACCUCCGUCUCCGCCACCUCCACCUCCUCCGGUACUAUCGCCUCGUGAAUUCUCCGGCCGUUUUCCUCGAAACUUAUCUCCUCGUGCUUAUCUUUCUCGUAAAAAUCAUGGAAAAGUAAACCAUAGUGUCAUGGAAGCUUCUAUUGAAGGUGCAAUUGGUGGGUUGUCAUUAAGCGGUGCAUUGGAGCGUGAAGGUGUGGAUAAGGUCAGUAACAACGGGUCUUCAAAGAAGGGUGGGAAGAAGAUUGCCGAAAAGUGUCAAUCUUCAAGAAGGAUUCGACCAUGGAAAGGAAGGUCUGGUAAAUUUGACAUCGGAUUUCUUAUAAACGAAGAGGCUAUUGCGGAAUCGAACUGCCGAGAUUCAAGAACAACUAUUAUGAUCAAGAACAUUCCCAACAAGUACAGUCAGAAGCUUCUGCUGAACAUGUUGGACAAUCACUGCAUUCAUUGCAACGAACAGAUUUCUGAAGGAGAUAAUCAGCCCUUGUCCUCCUACAACUUCGUCUACCUCCCCAUUGAUUUCAACAACAAGUGCAAUGUGGGAUAUGGGUUUGUGAACAUGACUUCACCAGAAGCAACCUGGAGACUCUACAAGGCAUUUCAUCUUCAACAUUGGGAAGUCUUCAAUUCCAGAAAAAUCUGUCAAGUCACCUACGCAAGAAUCCAGGGUUUGGAAGCGUUGAAGGAGCACUUCAGGAGCUCCAAGUUCCCGUGCGAGAAUAUGGACCAUUAUCUGCCGGCGGAAUUUUCACCUCCUCGAGACGGGAGACAACUGACCGAGCCUCUCCCCAUUGUUGGCCAUCAAAACAAACAGUCCAUCACUAUUGGUCUACCAGACGAUUCCCUUGCUUAUGCCCUUGAUGAUGAGGAUGCUUACGUGGACGGUGAAGAUAGGCUCGGUAACAGCAAUGACGAUGAUGACGACCACACUGACCAAGACAAUCAAACCCCCGGCUGCACUAGCCCGAACAGCGGCAGCGGCGUUGUUGAUGAUGACGUUGAAUCGUGUCAGACUUCCUUCACUGCGUAGGUGACCUAUCCCAAUUCCUCCAUCUCUACUGUCUCUCGUAAUUUCCCCUCUUAAAUUACCAAUUAUUCUUAAAAUUUAAAAAUUUAGCUGUC